AGACAAUGAUGUGAUCCUAACAAAAUUCUCCUAUGAUGGUGGCACCACUAUUUCUCUUAUUAGUAGCAGUGAUGAGAUUCCACGCAAUACUCCACACAAGCCACCUUCUUUGAUUCCACAAAAUCAACACUACCCUUUACUCAAAAACACUUUUUCUUCUAUGUAUGCCAAUUUUCCUUGUGAUCACUCCUCUAAAACAUAGAGGAUCCUAAAGAUUUGGAAGGAUCUAUUUCUUUUAUUCAGUGUGUGUGGAGAGAUGGAUAUUGAUCAUGAAUGGGAAAUCCUCCCAGAUCAUGGGUACCUUGAUUUUAAUGAAGUUAGUGAUGAGAAUCAUCAAAUUCUCUUUGGGAAGAGAAAUAAUCAUGAUGAGUCAUCCAAAGGUAGUGUUUUUGACAACUACUUCACCACUGAAGCAGCAUCAUGGAAUCAUAAUAAUCAUCAACAUCAACAACAACAACUAGUUCAUCAUGUUCCAAUAAUCCAAUUGGAACCAAGAAUUGAUGAUGAUGACGAUGAUGAUGAAGACACGGUUUCACACAACGUUUUCUUCAAGAUAAAAGAAAACAACAAGAAUAAUGAUCAAUUUGUCGAAAUGAAAAUGGAUUCUUCUUCUCCAAAAUAUGUUAGCAGAGGAUUGGUUAGUCCUCCUUCUCCUCCUCCAUCAUCAAUGGAUGCAGGUGCUGAGGUGACAUCUCCAAAGGAAACGAUGAAGAUGAUGAAGGAGGAGGAAGUAGUGGCAGUAGCAGGGGAGGAAUCGAGUGACGGUGAAUUCAAUAUAUGGAAGUGGGGUAUGAGUGGUGUUGGAGCAAUCUUUUCUUUUGGUGUUGCUGCAGCCACUAUCUAUGUCUUCGUCUUCGGAAACGCCCAUCAAAGGAACAGAAUCCACCACCACCACCGCCACAAGAUUCGCUUCCAGUUCUA